CAGAGGAGGCAACAUGGACCUGUGGGCCGUGCUGCUGCUCGCUCUGCUCGCCGACACUUUGGCUUCAGACGAGUCAUGUUUGGACCGCUGCGAAAAUGGCUUUGACGCCCGGAAGAAGUGCCAGUGUGACUCCAUGUGCAAGUACUACAAAAGCUGCUGCUCUGACUUUGAAUCCACCUGCAAUAUGAUGACUCGCGGAGACACAUUUCAGUUUGCAGAAGACGAUUAUUACGAUGGGCAAUCUGAGAGCACGCCUCAGCCCACACGUCGUUCAGCACGCAACCAGCUGAGGCCUACACAACCGCCGGACUUCAAUCCCAGAGCGCAAGAACGCCCUGAGACCACGCUGGAAAUGACCAGACCGACCAGACUGAGAGUCUCUAACAUCCCGCCGACACGUGCGACACACCCAGACACCCACACAUUGGAGGACUCCAUCACGACCAGCGCAGCAACCGAGGUGACCACAGUUCCUGCCACAACAGCCACCACCGUGGCCCCUGACCCAGAUGCUGAGGUCUGCAGUGGCAGACCUUUUGACGCCUUCAUGCAGAUCAAAAAUGGCUCCAUCUAUGCUUUCAGAGGGGAGUACUUCUUUGAACUUGACCAGAAGGCAGUGCUCCCUGGUUAUCCAAAGCUCAUUAAGGAUGUGUGGGGCAUCAGCGGGUCCAUUGAUGCUGCGUUCACCCGCAUCAACUGUCAGGGGAAGACCUACAUCUUUAAGGGAAACAAGUACUGGAGGUUUGACAAUGGCGUGCUGGAUGAUGACUAUCCCCGAUACAUAAACGUUGGCUUUGACCGGAUUCCCGAUCAUGUGGACGCAGCGUUUGCCCUUCCUGCCCACAGCCACCAAGGAAAAGAGAAGGUCUAUUUUUUCAAAGGUGACCAGUAUUAUGUGUAUGAGUUUUUGCACCAGCCGUCUCACGAGGAGUGCAUCAAAAUGUCUGAGAGCUCUCCGUCCACUCCCUUCAGGCGCUACACUGAUGUGUACUACAACAACUAUGAGCGUUUCUUCGGCGAGCUCUUCUCUGACCUGCCUCAGCAUCAUAGUAAGCACCACUUUAUUAACAAGGACUGGAAGGGCCUCAGGUCUCCAGUGGAUGCUGCCAUGGCGGGCAGAAUCUACAUCAGUCCUUGGAGGUCGACGCGACGCCGCUACAACAGCCAGCAAGACCAGCAGUGGGACCAGCAGUGGAACCAGCAGUGGAACCAGCAGUGGAACCAGCAGUGGGGUCGGCGGAGACAAAAUCGUUCACCCUCCUGGGGCUCCUUUGCUGAGCAGGGAAUGAACAUGGGGCGGGAAUUUGCUGAAAGAGGGAUGGAAAUGGGUAUGAGACUGGCAGAGAGGAGGAUGGAAAUGGCAGAGAGGCUGGGACAAGGCUGGGACAGACGGUGGGAUCAAGACUGGGACCAGGACAGACGGAGAGAUCGUUAUGGCCAGAACAACAGAGGCAACUAUGACUCCAGAGAUGACCGAUACGGCUACGACUUCCAAAGGGAGAUGCCCAUACAGACCGUCUACUUCUUCAAAGAAGAUAAAUACUACAGAGUGGAUAUCAGGACUAAGAGAGUUGAUCCUGCUGUUCCUCCGUACCCCAGAUCCAUCGCCAAGUACUGGCUCGGCUGUUCGGACACCCCUGGAGCAGAGAAGAAGUAGUUUCCA